AUGAUUGUUGGUACAAAUGACAAUAUUUCACAAGUAAAAACUUUAAAAUUUUCUAAUAAUAUAAUUCGAUUAAAUUCAUCGGAAAUCAUGAAUAACAAAACUCAACCAAAUCAAUCAUUAUUAACAACAAUAAAUCAUUCAAAAAUUGAACAUGAAAAUUUAAAUAACGAAAAAGUAACUUUACUAUCAACAAUGUCAACAAAUAAUAAUGAUGAUCAUCGAACAAUGCUUGCUCGUCACAUAUUUCUUGCAAAUAUAAAACAAACAUUUACUAGAUGGAUACGCGAGACACCGGUGUAG